CGAUAUAGCCCGAUCAAUGCUUACUUUUUUGAGUCUCAAGUUUCGUUCGAUGAGAGUAGGAAUGAUUAGCGCUGGAGACAUGGAGAUGGAACUUCGCUCUCCUGGAUUACUGGAGUAUAGUGGUGCCAGUUAUCGGGGCAUCGCGACUCCUGAUGCUUUGGAACGAGUGAAGCAAGCUCAUGACUUAUCGGCUGAAUCGUAUCGGAAGAUAUACGAAGCAAUUAAUGUUGUUGCUUCUGGAAAGGUUGUGCAUUCGCAUGAUUGGCCUACAAGUCAAAAUACAGUGGAACUAUUGACCAAGUAUGGUUUCCUAUACGAGGACCAGACGAAACAACUCCAGUUCCCAUCAAACGUGCAUCUAAAGAUCUGGUUGCAAUCUACCCGAACGCACCCAAUGGGCUACCACUGCAUGGCAUCAGAUAUCUGGAGUGGCACCGUGUUAUUGCACGCUUAA